AUGGCCACUCAACUUUCCACUCUCGCCAAGCUCCACGGACCAAAAUCACUCUCAUCAUGUGGCCAGAACAAACCCAUCAAGCGAAGUAAAGUUCGCCACUGCUCGGAGAAAGACGCAGGUCAUGAUCAUUACCGCAUCGAAUGCACGGAGUUGCACGGCGACACGGCUUUCGGGGAGAAGAAGUGUCAGAGCUGGCGCCGUCGAGGUCGGGAUCCCCCCAGGCUACUAGGGUUGUGGUACUUGGGGUCGUCCAUAAAGUACAUCUUGAUGAAGGCCAAGGCUUUCUACAACGAGUUUUGCUGUGAUGCCUUUGAGGACUCCUUGGUGGUGAAGAAUGAUGGAGCUGUGUCUUUGGUUGAUCCUUACUUCUCAAUCCCAGUGACCCCUCCCCCAAGUGUCUCUCCCUGA